UUGAGUUAUUUCCCUUCAUAAUUCCAUUCAAAACCAAAAGAGGAAGUUAAAAUUGAAAAAAUUCCAACUACCUGGUGAAAUGGAAAGACAUUUUUUUAUGAAAUAUUAAAUAAAUCCAACAUUAAAAAAUGUUUCAAGAACCUGACUACAGAGAAAACCUAUCUUUGAUUUUAUCAGAGGUUUUACAUGACAUUGGGGUCAAUGAAAGAAUUGUGAUGAGAAGGAGAAAAACAAAAUUGCUGAAUGAGGCUCUGAGUAAUAUCAGGUGCAGGCUAACUGAUCAAAAUAUAACUGAAUAUUGAUCUGGGGAGUCAGAGUGAAGGAACAACUACUCAAGGACUUGAUUCAGACCUUGAUAUACUGUACUGUUCCCAUGAUUUCAAUAUAAUACAAGACUGGUCAGAAUGGGAAUAUGGCAAGUUUAACUACAUAAUGGUACAGGAUGAGAACACUACUCCCGGGUAUUGUUUCUUACAACGACUCAGACAUGAUGAACCUCUUCCUGCAACUGUCAUUCCUGGUGAACACCAUAUUUCUGAUAGAAGAGGAAAUAUAUUAUUUAAAAACACAAUGGUAUUAAAUGCUUUCCUUCAGGGCCCUUACCAGCAGCAUGGACCAUCUUUAGUAGAACAAAGACAACAUGGAUUCUGUGAAAGAGACAAUGUGCUUGCAUUACCCUGUAAAUCAUGGCCUCAAUUAGCAUCAGGUUGGUUAGAGAGACAGGGUAUCGGCAGAUGGCCAACACAAGAGAUGAGAAGAUAUGCAGCCAGUACUGGGUGUGUUGUUGUACCAACUGGGAGUAAGGUCAGUGAAUAUCGUGAACUGGAAUGGAGAAUAUCUACAACAAUGGCAGAAAGAUGUCUUAUGAUUAAUUUAAAUAUAACACAAAUAAGGUGCUAUGUGUUAUUGAAAAUGAUCCUUAAAUCCUUCCUUAAUCCUCAAGAUGAAAUCAAUAUAUCAAGUUUCAUGUGUAAAACAGUUCUAUUACAUUGUAUAGAAAACACUGACCAAAGUACAUGGAAAGAUAACAAUUUAUUUACAUGUUUAACAUACUGCUUAUUGGAAUUACACAGUUGUGUACAGAAUGACUGUUGUUCACAUUUCAUUAUAGCAGAAAAUAAUUUGAUGGCAUGGCAAUUUACAGCUGACACAAAGCAUGAACUUUCCAAAAAUAUAUGUGAACUGAUACAGAAUGAUAGACACCAGUUACUUAGUAUUGAUAUUGAUAAUCUUGGUCAUAGACUCCAAGUUAAACUGAACAGGGUACCACAUGGAGUUCACAAUUUUCCUUCUUCUCUUGCAUUAUAUGAACUUUUUUUGACCUGUGAAUAUAUAUAUAUUGCAAACAAGAUAACUGGAGAGCAUAAGCUUGUUUUAAAACAUUUAUGUAAUAAAAACAUUAGAACAAUAAAACAAUCUGUAGGUAAACUAAUGAUCUUAAGUGAUAAUGGUAAUAGAUUAGAAAAUGCUGCAUUGAAGCUUCUGGCACCUUUUCUUUUUACCACCUACGGAUCUAUCCUAGCAUCAUCAAGCAUUGGUGAAAAUAAUCAAGUGUCACCUCAAGCAUUGGCUUGGUUAUCUGCUGGUUUAAACUCGGAUAUUACAUCUAGCAGAAUUAAAUUGGCUUCAGUGUUCUACUGUACAGAAGAAAUGGAGAAAGCUGAUCUAAUUCUGAGACACACAGAACAACAAUAUAACUCUUAUCCUGUCAUACCGAUCUGCAGAUGCUCGGAAAAGCUUCCAGGAGCAGUAACAGCAGAAUUCAUGAGGGUAUGUAAUGAACAAAGUGAGGACUGUAUUAAAAAUAUUACAGCAUUUUGCGUCAGAUUCAUACAGGAAGAGAUCAACUGUGUUCCUCAUGAACUACAAUAUGAAAUGUUCAGAUCUACGCAAGAUGAUAUGAUACACAGGGAUGAAAGAACAGACUGUUGGAUGGACUGGGCUGUAGUUGAUUCUAUACCUUUCCUAUACUUCCUACAAUACAAGAUCUACAGUUAUCUACAAAAGCAUCAAGAUCAACAACAAGCUCUAAAUAAUCUUACAAUAACCAUAGUAACUGAUACAAACCUUCAACAUAGAGAAACAGCUCUCAACAUUUUAGGACAAUGUAUGGAACAAGAAAACAGACCUCAACAAGCAUUAAAAUGCUACAUGCUUUCUCUUCAACUAAGACCAAGAAACAAUGCAGCAAACUUCCAUAUAUGUAAGCUUCUUUCCAACAUAUUGGCUGGACUAUGAAAUGGAGUCAAAACAGACAGUAUGAAGUAUCAUUAUCAAUGAUCAUAUACUGAUUGUCUCUAUCAGACUUAUUCAUAUGUUAAAAUACAGACUUGUCAUCAUUCUUUUUAUCACAUAUUAUUUUGAAAUAACAUUAAUCAUGUUAAAUUGAAACUUUAAUGACUUUGAAAAUCUGAUUUUACAUUUGAGAGAUAAGAGCCUCUAAGAGGACUAAUGCUCAUGAAAAUGGUUUUCAAAUUUUUGUUAAUAACAUGAGUUUUUUCCAAGCUUUUUUUACACAGUAGGUUAAACUGUUUUAGCUGUCACCUAUAUAUGAACAUUGUAUAUAUUUACUUUUUUAUUGCUGGCAAUAAUUAUUUAUUAAAAGUCUUGUUAUAUAUAUAAAAAAAUACACCCUGUAUACAUAGUUUUGUUUUUAUUUAUUAAUGUACCCUCUAUAUAACAUGACCCUGUUUAAUGCAGUCAGCAGCUGCCAUUGUCUUGAGUCAAUAAGAAUAAUGUAGAUGUCACCUGCAGAAUGUACAUGAAAAUACAAGAGGGCCAUAAUGAUCCUAUAUCGCUCACUGGUAUCCAUCUCUAGACAAGGUCACAAUUCUUAAAUGCUACUAAAGUAGGUUAUUAAACUGGGAUAAAUUUGGAUCACAGGAAUAUGAUUUCUUCAACUUUUAAAGAGGUAACACUAGCCAAUGAUUCAUGUUAAAUAUUUAAUCUCUAAAGCAUAUGGUUUUAGACAACCAUUGCCAUAUAAGUCUAUGUUAGCAUAUUAUCCAGGCUCUCAGCAGUUUAGAUUCUAAGUACAAAAUUUUAAAGCUCAGGUUUCCUAAAAAUGUCAAUGUAACUAAGCUGAACCCUGAGCAGGGCUAUUUUGGACAAUACAAAGGGGCAAACUAAGUCAGACCUAUGUUAUUUGUAAGAUGUACUUCUUUUAAUUAAGCUACAAAACUAGAUGAGCCCUCACAUUUUCUUGUGGUAAAUUUAAGCCAAUUUAUUUCAACUCUCUGUUUCAAGUUAUCUGUCAGUAUUAUUGUCACAGGCUGAGAAAAAUGUACAGCCUUGCCGGGAUUGAACCUGGGACCCAUGGAAUACCUUUCUGCGGUUCUACCGACAGAGCUUUCCGGCCCUUACAGUUAAUGUUCAAGUUUAC